AUGGAAGAAGCUGCUGCAUUGUUUAAGUGUACAGUUCGAGCUGGAAACAGACGAUUAUCAAGGCUCAAUAUUCGUGCCAUUGUGGAACAUAUUAUGCAAGUUCUGAGGAAUGACUUCUCAAAAGAUGUAUUUGCAUCUGAGUACACAAAACUUUUAGUCAAGGAUGUUCUCUCUGUUAGAAAGUACUGCUCAGAAAUGCCAGUAGAACUUUGGAAUGAGCUGAUUAUUUUGUAUGGCGGGAUAAUGGCGCAUCCAACUGUACAGUUUGAUCAAAUCAGUGUUGUGAAGGUUAUUCAACUUGUGUGUCACCACAUGGCUAUACAAUCUACUAGUCUGUCAACUGGUAGUCUUUUUGAUGACUUCGUAUCAACAGUUCGCCAUGCCAGGAGUGAGAAAGUGGCAACAGUUCUUGGUUAUGUUCUGGCAGCAUUGAACACGUUCUGUCAGUCUGUGGCAAUCAUAGCACGUACCAAGUUGUGUCACCUUGGAGAGACAGUAUUUUCAGACAUGCUGUCAAUAUGGAAAACUAGCCAACUACACGUAAAGGAUCAAGUUAUCCAGUAUUUUCAUUUUCAGUUGGAAUUGCAUCAUCCACUUGGUGUAGUGAAUGAGUCCGAGGGAGCACAAGCAGCCAACUGGUGCCACUGGAAGGCAUUUGCUAAUUUUUUUCAGAUUUUAUAGUCGUUACUAGUUUUUUGCUAUUAAUGCAGAGAAGUAUACAGCAG